CGCUCUUCGCCUGAGGUGUUUCCGCUCUCGUUCGCGCGUCUCGCGAGCGUUAUAGUGACUCCCAGAGGCGGGUUUCGGCUCCCGGCGCUGGAAGGGUGACGGUGUUUCGAGCGGACGGGAGCAGAGACCAUGUUCCGAGCUGCGGCUCCAGGGCGGCUCCGGCGGGCGGCCUCAGUGCUACGAUUUCAGAGUACCCUGGUAAUAGCCGAGCAUGCAAAUGAUACCCUAGCACCCAUUACAUUAAAUACCAUCACUGCAGCCAAACGUCUUGGAGGUGAAGUGUCUUGCUUAGUAGCUGGAACCAAAUGUGACAAGGUGGUACAAGAUCUCUGCAAAGUAGCAGGUGUAGCAAAAGUUCUGGUGGCUCAGCAUGAUACAUACAAAGGCCUCCUUCCAGAGGAGCUGACGCCAUUGAUUCUGGUGACUCAGAAGCAGUUCAGUUACACACACAUCUGUGCUGGAGCAUCUGCCUUCGGAAAGAACCUUUUGCCCAGAAUAGCAGCCAAACUUGAUGUUGCCCCAAUAUCUGACAUCAUUGCAAUCAAGUCUCCUGACAUAUUUGUGAGAACUAUUUACGCAGGAAAUGCUUUAUGUACAGUGAAGUGUGAUGAGAAAGUGAAGGUGUUUUCUGUCCGAGGAACAUCUUUUGAAGCUGCAGCAACAAGUGGAGGUAGUGCCAGUUCAGAAAAGGUAUCAAGUCCUUCCCCAGUGGGGAUAGCAGAGUGGCUUGACCAGAAAUUAACAAAAAGUGAUCGACCGGAGCUAACUGGUGCCAAAGUGGUGGUAUCUGGUGGUCGGGGUUUGAAGAGUGGAGAGAACUUUAAGUUGUUAUAUGAUUUGGCAGAUCAACUACAUGCUGCAGUUGGUGCUUCUCGUGCUGCUGUUGAUGCUGGCUUUGUUCCCAAUGACAUGCAAGUUGGACAGACGGGAAAAAUCGUAGCACCAGAGCUUUAUAUUGCUGUAGGAAUAUCUGGAGCCAUCCAACAUUUAGCUGGGAUGAAAGACAGCAAGACAAUUGUGGCUAUUAACAAAGACCCAGAAGCUCCAAUUUUUCAAGUGGCAGAUUAUGGAAUAGUUGCUGAUUUAUUUAAGGUAGUUCCUGAAAUGACUGAGCUGUUGAAGAAGAAAUGAGUUACAAUGUUUUAAGAAAGUAUUCAAAGUAUUCAACUGAAAUAGAAAUUCAUGGCUAUUAUAGUAAUCAUUGGAAAGUUUGGAGAGCUACAUAUCAUAAUUUGAGAAAAAUUCUCACAGAUGCCAGAAUGCUUUUUUGUGAGCCUAUUAUUCUAUUUCUUUUAUUUGUGGUUCCAAGUAAUUAUUUUUCAAAGUUUUCUAAUUCUGUGAUAAAAUAUAUAAUAAAACAUUUCCACAGCUUUAAAACUACUGACAGAAAUGUGCCUAGCUUUGUAAAGAAGGAAAAUUGAAGAAAGGGAGUAAAAAUUUAUUUUUUCUUUGCCUGUCUUGUUCAUGGACAUGUUUUAGGCAAGAUUGUAAAUAUGAAUGUUCUCUCCAGACUAAUCAUCUUAAUCUAGUUGUUGAGAGAAGGGAUCUAGAUAGGCAAAUUCAGAGUUAAAAAAGCAUGGCCGCAAAGCAUGAAUAUUAUGUUAAAUAUACUCCAGUCUUCAGAAAACCGUAACUAAUAAGACAAAAGCAGACCAGACUUAAACCUGAACCUGCUAAAUGAAUUUAGUUGCCUUACAUUAAAUUUAAUUUUCCAUUUC